AUGGCGGUUGUAAAUAAUGAGUUUCUCCUUACCAUACUCUACCAUCAAAUCAUCCUUCUUAUCACUCUUAUCGUCCCUAGGAGAACUCAAUAUUGUCACCGGAUCUUAUCAUCGGAUUAUCGCCGGAAUCAUCAUUCAUCUACUUUUCCGGCAACCGAAACUAGGGUUUCUAAUCUUCAAUUAAAGGAUGUCCCUAUCAGAUUUGUUAAUCAAUUCUACGGAGAGGAUUGGGGCGAUCGGAAGAUGCGUAUAUAUCACUCAAGUGGGAAAAUUUGGGUCGUAAUGUUGAAACGAUUAAAACGUAUGCCAGUCUUAACUGACGGCUGGGGAGAAGUUGUUUCAGAUCUCAAACUUCAGAAAGAUUGUCUCCUGUCAUUUCGUCCCAUGAACCAUUUUGGUCUCUAUCUUUCAUCUUAUGUUAAUGGCGUAUGUGAGCAAUCUUAUUUCACAAUUAAUCGUCAUCUAACAUUGGGUUAUACGAUGAUUGAAGAAUCUUUUGUCCAACAAUGUUUUGGAGACGAUGGAAUGGCUGGGUCAUAUGAGGUUAAUUAUAAGGGUUCUCCGUGGACGGUGUCAACAAGUAAGGUUAAUUCAAACUAUGUUUUCUCAGAAGGUUGGACUCAACUUUGCAACGAUCUUGGCGUUCAAGAAGAUGAUUUAUUGGUUUUUGAAAAAAUUAAUGAUGUUAUGUUUGGUUUAACGGUGUAUCGAGACGAGGUUGAGAUAAGGUUGAGCAAGAAGGUUGAAUCUGAUGAUGAUGAUGAUGAUGUAAUUCAGAUAUCCAGGGCUGAUUACGAUAAAGCGCUUUUGGAGGACAUAGAGGUAGAUGAUAACCAGCCCACAUCUGUUAAAAGUACACCAGUAACAUUCCCGACAAGUACACCGAAGAAGGUUCAUGUUAAAGAGACGUUGAAAGUAGGUGAUGGCUUACAUUUCACGACAACACAAGAUGUCAAAGGAAAGGGAAAAGGUAAACUUUCUGUCAACCGAUCCGUCAAACUUGAUAAUUUCAACCAACAAUGCAAAGGCCGAAAACGUUAUACAACAUCUGAUCAAACUGUCAAGCAUCCAAAGAAGGGUUCAACGAAGGCAACCAAAGUUUCCCGUAUCGGCAUUCAUCCAGAAUAUUUCGACUUUAGCCGUAAAGCUGAAUAUAGGCUGCGGCUUCCGGUGGAGGUUGUUAAUAGAGCCGGCCUGUCUGAUAGAUUGCAACCUAUAUCUGUCCAGAACUUGAAUGGUGAUGUUGAACUUUAUGACACAAAGACAGAGUUAAACCGUUUUGUCCUCCCAAUUGUUACUCGAGACGAGGCAUCUCAUAGAAGAAAAUUAAGAAAAUUAAUCUUGGAUAAUAAGAAAUCAAAUGUGGGAACUACAUCGUCAUCCCUCAAUAUUGAUUCCACUAAUAUUAAUUCCACCUCCACUCCGUGUGUUACAUCUGAUAACAUAGUCAACAAAAUUGGUUUUCACAAUUUUGAAUCCACUCCUGAGGUGACUAAUAAUGUUAAUUCAAGUCUUUCAAGUAUUGUAACAAGUAACAAUAUUUGUAGUACCAGCAAUCGUACAACUACAAAAAACGUUAUUGGGAAUAAUAUUUCAACUGGCAUCACAUCAACCACCUGCACAUCAUCAUUGAACCGUAAUUUGAAAAGGCUAUCAUCUGGUAAACAUUAUUUGGAUCACGGUGAUCAAGUUAUUACUUGUGAAGUUUGUUAUGCAAAGUUAUGGGACGCAGAGAAAGGAAGCGGAAAAAAAGAGGGUGGCAAAAUAUGUCAUAUGUUAUGUUGUGGUUAUGCCAAAGUUGUCUUACCGGAUUACAAAACCGCGACACCUUAUUAUAAAAGUCUAUUCAUGUCAAAUGACAAUGAAAGCAAGCACUUUUUGAAGAACAUUCGACGUUACAAUUCUAUGUUCGCGUUUACCUCAAUGGGUGGUAAGGUUGACCAUACUGUGAAUACUGGUAAUGCUCCUUUUUGCUACAGAAUAAGUGGUGAAAAUUACCAUUCUAUUGGUAGUCUUGUGCCACCAAACGGAGGGAAGCCUAAAUUUAGUCAGUUAUACAUAUACGAUACUGAAAAUGAGUUGGCAAACAGGUAUUCAGACAAUGCUUCCUCAUCAUCCGCUUCAGAUGAAACCGAUAACAAGCUGAUACAACAAAUCAAAGCAAUGUUUGAUGCCGAAAAUGUGCUUGUGAAAAUUUAUAGGAUGGUUAGAGAUUGCUUCCAACAAAAUCCUAAUACCACUUUAAAGCUUCGCCUUAUUGGCAAAAGAGAACAAGAUGGUCGGACUUAUAACUUACCUACUUCCUCAGAGGUUGCUGCCCUUAUUGUUGGAGAUAUCGAUAAUGCACUUGAGAAAAGAGAUAUCGUUGUCGAGACACAAACAGGUUCAUUAAAAAGAAUAAGUGAAUUGCAUCCAUCCUAUCUUGCACUUCAGUAUCCCAUUUUGUUCCCAUAUGGAGACGACGGUUACAGAAUUGACAUACCACAUAGGGGUGUCAUUGAUGUUACUAACAAGAAACGUCCGAAUUGUACAAUGAGAGAGUUUUUUGCGUAUCGUGUACAAGAUCGUAGUAACCAGUUUUCAUUGAUUCUAAAUUCUCGACGGUUAUUCCAACAGUUUUUGGUUGAUGCUUAUACGAUGAUUGAGAGCGAGCGACUUAACUUUAUAAGAUUUCAGCAACAAGAUCUCAGGUCUGAUACAUAUGAGAAUAUCCGGAAACUAAGAUAUAACGGCCAACAAGAUUUGUCUAAGGUUGGAAAACGUAUUUUCCUUCCAUCUUCCUUUACAGGCGGGUCACGAUAUAUGAUGCAAAACUAUCUUGACGUAAUGGCAAUUUGUAAAUGGUAUGGUUAUCCAGACUUUUUUAUAACCAUUACCUGCAAUCCUAAAUGGCCGGAGGUUCAAAGGUUUCUUAAGGACACAAAUCUUAAUCCGGAGGAUAGGCCUGAUAUUUUAUCUCGAAUUUUUAAAAUAAAGCUGGAUGCAAUUUGUAAAGAUUUGAAAGACCGUGAUUUGUUUGGAAAAGCUUCCGCUGUUGUUUACACUAUUGAGUUUCAGAAGCGAGGAUUGCCUCAUGCACAUAUGUGCUUAUUCAUGGAGAAUGAUUACAAACUUCCAACUGUAGACCAUGUUGAUCAGUUUAUUUCUGCAGAAAUCCCUGAUUUAAACGAAGACCCUGAACUAUAUACGCUUGUGAAAGACCAUAUGAUUCACGGUCCAUGUGGUAAUGCUAGAAUGAGCUCUCCAUGUAUGGUUGAUAGAAAAUGUUCAAAAGGUUUUCCCAAGAAAUUUCAAGAUCACUCAACCUUGGAUUCUAACGGAUUUCCCUUAUACAGAAGAAGAGAUGACGGUUCCUUCGUUUUAAAAAAUAAAAUUCAGUUAGACAACAGAAGUGUUGUACCUUAUAACAAAAAGCUUUUGAAAAGAUAUCAGGCGCAUAUAAACGUUGAAUGGUGCAACCAAGCGGCGUCAAUAAAGUAUUUGUUCAAGUAUAUUAAUAAAGGUCCUGAUAGAGCAACAGUUGUUGUGGUUCCGAGCAACAAUGAAAACGAACAACCAGAAAAUGAUGAAAUUAAAGAGUAUUAUGACUGUAGGUAUAUAUCUGCGUGUGAAGCGUCUUGGAGGAUUUUUUCUAAUGAAGUUAAUUAUAGGAGUCCUUCUGUUAUGCGUCUUCCUUUCCAUCUUCCUGGACAACAAACAGUUUGUUUCGGUCCUGAUGAAGAUAUUAAUCAAGUGCUAAACAAACCAUCUGUGAACUCAUCAAUGUUUUUAGCUUGGAUGCAACGUAAUCAAGAUCCUAACGACCAUGUUGCACGUACACUAACAUAUGUACAGUUUCCGCGUUUUUAUGUUUGGAAGCUUGACAAGCGUAUAUGGGUUCCGAGAAUAAAAGGAAAAACAAUUGGAAGAAUUCAUUCCGUUUCUCCUUCUACCGGUGAAGCGUACUAUUUAAGAAUUCUUCUUAACAAAGUUAAAGGACCAACAUCGUUUGAUGAUAUUAAAACAGUUAAUGGUCGAGUGUACGAUACUUUUAGAGAUUCUUGCUAUGCGCUUGGUUUGUUGGAUGACGACUCUGAGUAUAUUGAGGCCAUCAAAGAAGCAAAUAUAUCAGGUAGUGCAGGUUAUAUUCGCAAUUUAUUUGCCACCAUGUUACUGUCAAGCACAUUAUCUAGACCUGAAGUUGUAUGGGAAAGCACAUGGAAGUAUAUGACAGAUGAUUUUCUGUACAGAUUCUCAAAGUAUCAUCGUGUUUCAGGUUUAUCAAUUCCUGAUGAGCAACUAAAGAACUACGUUUUAUGCGAAAUAGAGAAGUUUUUAACUCGGAAUAAUUCAUCGCUUCGGAGAUUUUUAUCAAUGCCUUACCCGGAUACUUCAUCUUUAGAUAACUUUCGCUGCCGAUUGAUUAACGAAGAGCUUGCUUAUGACAGAACUGAGUUACAAAAUGUUUAUCAAGGUCAGGUGAAUUUGUUAACGGAUGAACAACGUGCAGUAUAUGAAGAAAUUAUGAACGCAGUUCAUGGAGACAAUGGCGGAGUAUUUUUUGUUUACGGUUAUGGCGGGACCGGUAAAACGUUUUUAUGGAAAACAUUAUCUGCUGCAAUUAGGUCAAAAGGUCAGAUUGUAUUAAACGUUGCAUCUAGCGGAAUUGCAUCAUUGCUGUUGGAGGGAGGAAGAACGGCUCAUUCUAGGUUUCAUAUACCUUUGAAUCUUAAUGAGGAUUCCGUUUGUCAUAUAAAACCAGACGAUGAUGUAGCUAAAUUACUACAGCAGACCAAACUCAUUAUAUGGGAUGAAGCUCCUAUGGUUCAUAAACAUGCAUUUGAGGCUUUGGAUAGAACUAUGCAUGACAUUUUCAAUAUAUCUAAUCCAUCCAGGUCUGAUGUUUUAUUUGGAGGGAAGGUGAUUGUAUUUGGUGGUGAUUUUAGGCAAAUACUACCUGUUGUUCCAAACGGUGGACGUCAAGAAAUUGUGAAUGCCUCAUUAUGUUCUUCUUAUCUGUGGAGUAAGUGUAAGUUGUUGACGUUAUCUAGAAACAUGAGGUUAACUGUUGGAAGACCAUCAUCUGAAGUUGAGGAGAUUAGUAAUUUUGCAAAAUGGUUGUUGGACGUUGGCGAGGGAAAUGUUGGUGGUUCCAAUGAUGGAGAAGCAAUAAUUGAAAUACCACCUGAGCUUUUAAUUGAUAGCAUAUCUGAUCCAAUUUCUAGCCUGAUUGAUUUUGUUUAUCCGUCAAUCUUGGAUAAUUACAAUGAUCCUAAUUACUUUAGUACAAGAGCUAUACUUGCGCCUAAGAAUGAGGUUGUUCACGAGAUUAACGACAGAUUGUUGGCAGUUUUCCCUGGUGAAGAAAAAGAGUAUCUUAGUUCUGACAGUCUAUGCCCUACUGAAGAUGGCAAUGUUGAUCACCAAAAUAUAUAUUCUCCUGACGUGCUCAAUGGUCUCAAAGUGUCUGGUUUACCAAAUCAUAGGUUAGUCCUUAAAGUUGGCGUUCCAGUAAUGUUGUUGCGAAAUAUUGACCAACGAAAUGGUUUGUGUAACGGUACAAGGUUAAAGGUCACAAAACUUUACAGCCGUGUUAUUGAAGCUGAGAUAAUUUCUGGUGGUAAUAUUGGUUCUCGGACAUUCAUACCUAGAAUUAAUUUGGUACCUUCGGACCGAAAGAUUCCUUUUGCAUUUCAAAGGAGGCAAUUUCCAAUAACUGUAUGUUUUGCAAUGACGAUUAACAAAAGCCAGGGACAGUCGCUAUCUAAGGUUGGGUUGUACCUAAGACAACCAGUUUUCACACAUGGUCAAUUGUACGUAGCUUUAUCUAGGGUUACAAGACGAGAUGGAAUCAAGUUACUAAUACUUGACAAUGAUGGCAGGCCUACAAAUAAAACAACCAAUGUCGUAUAUAAAGAGAUAUUCAAUGGAUUGUGA